UGCUGGAAUUCCUCUCAGUGCAUUUCAACCACUAGAACCAGUCUAUUAAUCUACUAUUAAAUACCUUCUUUUGCAUAGGAUAUUAUUUUAUUGCUAUUUAUUUAAAAUCUUCUGGGUGUCCUUAUCGCUGUGGGGGGGAAAACAGUGCUUUAGCAGAUAAGAGCGCUGUAGAUAUGCUGAACUUGUGACACGUUUAAAGAUUAAUUUGACUCUUCAAAGGUGAAGCGCGGCGCAGGUGUUUUAAGCGCGAGCCGCCGCUGAUGGUCGCCCAGUGGUCAUCAUGAUCGACUUCGCGCAGGUUCUGUCGUCUGUCGGCGAGUUUGGGGCGUUUCAGAAGCGCUUGCUGGUGGCGGUAUGUCUCCCCAACAUCUUCACAGCUUUCCACAUGUUCGGUCAGGUCUUCACCGCCAUCACCUUCCCUCACAACUGCAACAGCAGCUGGAUUCUACAGCGGGCUCCCAACCUGACGGAGGAGAAGCAGCUGAACCUCACCAUCCCUCUGGACACUGAAGGACAGUAUGAAAGCUGUAAGAUGUUCACACCUGUUGAUCUUGAGCUUGAUGUUAUUGAAGCUUAUGGAAUAAACACAACGAUCUCAUGUACUGAUGGAUGGGUUUACAAGGCACCAGAAGGCAGCAGCACUCUUAUAACUGAGUUUGACCUGGUGUGUGAAAAUAAGAUUUAUAAUGAGGCAUCUCAGUCUGUCUACAUGGCUGGUCUUCUUGUUGGAGCUCUAUUGUUUGGGCCAAUGGCAGACAAGUAUGGCCGGCGGUUUGUCACGCUGCUUUCCUUGUUCCUGCAGUUCCUGUUCGGGGUGGCAGUAGCAUUUUCUCCCAACAUCUUUGUCUACAUAGUUCUCCGCUUUGUGGUCGGCACCACAAUAUCAGGGAUCUCUAUCAACACAUUUGUUUUGGGUACUGAGUGGUGUGGUUCAGCCAAACGGGCCCUUUUUACCAUAUUGUCCCAUUGCUGUUAUGCCAUUGGUCUGAUGUUGCUGUCUGGUGUGGCCUUUGGGAUCCGAAACUGGAGGAUUUUACAGCUGGUUCUGUCAGCACCAGUUGGGCUUUUCUUCAUCUAUUACUGGAUUCUCCCUGAAUCUGCCCGAUGGCUUCUGACUCAGGGCAAGCAAGACAAGGCCAAGAAAGAGAUAUUGAAAGCUGCCCGAAUUAAUGGCAGAAAGGUUCCCGAAAAUCUGCUCGACAAGAUGGAAGCGGAGAACACAGCUAAAACAGGCAGCAUGCUAGACCUGUUUCGAGUGGCUUACCUAAGAAAGAGAGCUCUCAUCAUGUGCUAUAUGUGGUUUGUGACGAGCCUGGUUUACUAUGGUGUCAGCUUGAACGUGGGGAACUUCGGCCUGGACAUUUACCUGACUCAACUCAUCUUUGGCAUUGCAGAGUUUCCCGCCCGGCUGUCCUGCUUUCCUCUCAUUCAGCGUUUCGGAAGGAGGAUCUGCCAGAGUGCAGUGCUGCUCCUCGGAGGAACCGCCUGCCUGGCUAUUCCUAUUAUACCAGCAGGGUAUCCUGUGAUUGUGACUGUGAUCGCAGUGAUUGGGAAGUUCUCCCUCGCUGCCUCUUUCACCAUAGUGUAUGUGUACACUGCUGAGCUCUACCCAACGGUUGUGAGACAAAAUGGAGUGGGACUGAACUCCAUGUGUGCGCGUGUAGCUGGUAUUCUGGCUCCUCUGAUUGGCUUGUUAGACGUGUAUCAUCCUGCUAUUCCAAUGGUCAUAUACGGCUCUCUUCCUUUCGUGGGAGGAGCGCUGACUUUCCUGCUCCCAGAGACACUAAACACUGAGCUACAGGACCACACUGAUGUCCCCGUGGAUGACAACAUGGUAUUCGAGAAAGCCAGUAUUGAAAGCGGACAGAAUCCGGAGCAGGAAAUGUCUCGCCGGAGCACAAAAUUAUGAGAUUUAUACUGCUAUUUAAAAAUGUAGUUGAAGUUUAUGCUAUCGAUUUUUAUUCAUAUGUGUGAAUGAGGAAAAUAAGACAAACAGAGGUACAGGUAUGACUGUUUACUUCUCAGUUUGCGAGUGUCAUGUUUGUAAAGAUUUGAUUAAAGAAUUUGUACUUUUUUAUUAUUUCCAUUUGAAAAAUAGUAAAAAAUCUGUUUUAUUUAUGAU